AUGCGCCCUUCUUUCCUCCUCGCAUUCCUCCUCCUCGUCUUCGUCGAAUUCGCGCGUACCGGAGAAGCGUUGAACGGCGGCGAUCGCGCCGGCGCCUUCAUCGGUUGGCACGGCGAAAUCAGUCGCCCGGCGCGAACGGGUUUUGGCGCUUUGAAUACUCAGCGAGAUGACGACGAGAACGACCAUCAAUCCACACGAGUGAAGCACCCGUCCAUUACGUUUGAAACUUUAGUCAUGAAAGACCACAAACCGAAACCGUCGCAUCACGCGUCGUCUAUUUGUGAGAUUUCUUCAGGGCAGUUUCUCGUGAGUUGGUUUGCGGGGCAGUUCGAGAGCAAACCGGACGUUGGUAUUUACACCGCGCGAUAUCAAAACGGGAAAUGGAGCGCACCAGAGUUGGUCGUGCACCCGAAAGGCGUUCCUACGUGGAACCCGGUGUUGUUUAAAAGGUCGAAUGGGGAUUUAUUUUUGUUUUAUAAGCACGGACGAACGCCGGCAAAUUGGAAAGGGUAUUACGUGAAAUCGAGAGACGGAGGGAACACGUGGUCUUCGUCCGUGGCGAUGCCGAACGGGAUUGUCGGUCCGGCGAAGAAUAAACCGUUAGAGUUGGACGAUGGUACCAUUUUAUUGCCGAGUAGUCGAGAGUUUGGCGCGAGAGGGAAAGAUUGGGAGAUUGUAGUUGAGGCGAUGACGAUGGAGGACGAGUUCAAGACGUACGCGAAGUUCGCGGUGAGCGAAAAAGGCGGAGGGGCGAGCGUGCAACAGAGAGUGAUUCAGCCGGUGUUUUGGAAGCAAAGCAUGCUCGCAGGAGACGCGGCGAACGGCAUACGGAUGAUGGCCAGGAGUAGGAGUAGUUAUGCGGUAGCCGCGGUCGGAGAUAGCACCGGACGAAUUUGGACCGACGCGGUAUUUUCGCAAAUACCGUGUCCGAAUACCGGUUUCGAUGUCGUAAAAUUGCGAGACGGACGAUUGUUGAUUGUGUAUAAUCACUCGUUCAAACACGCCAUCGCGGGACGAGGCGUGUUAGCGUUAGCGGUGUCACACGACGACGGGGACACGUGGGAACGCGUCAUGCGUUUAGAAGAUAGCGGAGGGCGAUUGUUAGAGUUUAGUUACCCGGCGAUUAUACAAGCGAGCGACGGGAUGGUACACGUAACGUAUACGUGGAGGCGUGCAAAUAUCAAGCACGUGAUCAUAGAUCCUUCAAAGAUUCCAACGGCACGCGACGGGAAGAAGCAAGGAUCGAACGGUGAGAUCAUGUUCGGUGGGUUUGAAAAGUUACCGAAAUCAAUCACUCGAGAAAUAGUUUGA